GGGCGUGUCAUGUGUGACGACGAUUCCUGUUUACAUGCUUUUGGGCGUUGGCAGCAUGGUGACUCAGAAACAGAAGGCUGAUGUGGCUCGGUAUUGCAAGGUGAGGAUUUUUUAACAACUGGAUAAUUUAAAUAACCACAAGGAUAAACAGGGUAUGCCGGGCUCCAGGUACGUCGGUGUGGAGAGUUGGAGCAGUAAGCAGGUAGCUGGCUGGCUUAGAGAACAGGGAUUUCGUGAAUAUGUGGAUCUCUUGUGCUCUAAGCACCGUUUGGAUGGUGCCAGCCUACUGUGUCUUUCUGAGACUGACCUGCGGUCUCCUCCGCUGGAGCUUAAGGUGCUGGGUGAUAUCAAGAGAUUGAUGCUGGCUAUGCGGAGACUACAGAGACAACACACAGUCCUCGUGCAUUCAGGGUCAGAGGUCAGUUCGUUGUCUCCCAUACACACUGGCAAAACAGACCGUGCCGUCUCUAAUAGCUUCACAGAGCGAGAGUCAGGAGACCACCAACACUAUAAUGGGGCGGUCACUACAGUUGGUGGUGAACACACUUACUCAAACGGGAAGCGUAAGCAGUAUUGUGGUCGGUUUGACCCGGAGUACUGGAAGACCACCCUCAGCGCACUCUAUGCCAUGCUGGUGUGCGGAGUGACAUCAUUUGUCAUGGUGCUAGUGCAUGAGAGGGUUCCUGACAUGAGGACGUACCCGCCACUUCCAGACAUAUUUCUAGACAGUGUUCCCAGAAUUCCCUGGGCCUUCGCCAUGGCUGAAGCAUGUGCAGUGGUGCUGGGCUCCAUAUUAGUGCUGGUCUUGUUAAUGCACAAACAUAGGUCCAUUCUGUUUCGCAGACUGUGUAAUUUGACGGGCACUGUAUUCUUGCUCCGCUGUGUCACCAUGUUUGUAACUUCACUGUCUGUACCUGGUCAUCACCUACAGUGUUCAGGCAAGAUGUAUGGUGAUGCAUGGACAAAAGUGCAGCGUGCACUGGACAUCUGGAGUGGGCUCGGCAUGUCUUUAACCGGGGUUCAUACAUGUGGCGAUUACAUGUUCAGCGGACACACUGUUGUUCUCACCAUGCUCAACUUUUUUGUCACCGAAUACACGCCACGUAACUGGAACUUCAUCCACACCAUGUCUUGGGUCCUAAACUUGUUUGGAAUCUUCUUCAUCUUAGCGGCUCAUGAACAUUACUCCAUCGACGUCUUCAUUGCGUUCUACAUCACCACCAGACUGUUCCUGUACUACCACACGCUAGCAAACACGCAGGCCUACCAGCACAGCCGCCGAGCACGUAUCUGGUUCCCUCUCUUCUCUUUCUUUGAGUGCAACGUGACCGGACCGGUUCCAAACGAGUAUAGCUGGCCUUUCUCCAAACCCUCCUUCAUGAGGAUACUUCUAGGAUAGGCCAUCUGUGUUUAUGUCUAGCUCAGACUUUGGCUCCACAGUCUUCAAAUUUGGAGUUUUGGGGGAAUUAUUUAUUAUUUGUUUUGUUUUGUUUUGUUUAAUUUCUUUAACUGCUAUUUGUAAUGCUUUAUUCUCUCUAAAUCAGAACACCGUUUUGAAUUUUGACUUUAACUUCUUAUAAUUUCUUCCUGUAUACCAAACUAAAAAGCACAUCUCGAAAUGCUUUUUUUUUAUACCUCAUUAUGCAGAAUCAUAUUUUCCAUUAUCUGGUGAAGCAGGUUUGAGUUCUUACAAUUGCAGAUUUAUCUUUCUCUAACCGUUGGACACAUAGUAUUUCAACUCCUGAACACUAACAGUAUGUUUAACCGAGGAAAAGUGCUAAAAUACAUUCAGUCUUUAUUAAAUGAUGCCUCGUGCUGCCUAUGCUACGUCAUAAUGGGGCAAAUUUAAGUCUUACAGCCACAGAGAUAUAAUUCUUAUGUUUUUUGACACUGUUAUUAAUAUGUGACCAUUGUAUAGA